UAACAGUAAUUGUGGCAACACAAACAAUAACGUGCGCCACCAAAAUCGCGACCGCGGCAGCGUGUAUGCUUGCUCUGUCAAGCGCCGCCAUUGGUGGUGGGCAGUAAAAAAUCAAUAAAUUGUGUAUUUUCAUAUAUAUAUUUUUGUUUUUGAUGGCUCUUUGGCUUAAGCCAUUAGUCUUAGGGGGCAUUAAGCAUUCGCGUUUCUACCUUUAAGUUAACUUUUACAUAACAUUCUUCCGUUUCCGUUGUCUUGGUAGCUGCAUGCAUUGUUGAAGGGUAAUCAAGCGGUGACCACGGUGCUCUUUAUCGUUUGUGGAUUGAUUGUGGAAACUGGGAAAUAAAAGUGAAAUAGAGGAAGCUGCAAGUUAUUAACAAACAAUACGAUUUAACGGUAUCAAAAAGGAAAUUGUGCCGCAUGUUUUACAUUUCAUAUCGAAUAACGAACAACCAAACAAAUCAAUAGCGUCAACAACAACAACAACUGCUGUUGUUGUAGUGUCGACAUAUCACAUUGAACAUUUGCGUAAAGUAAAUGAGAUUUGGUGGGUCGACUUGCCGCGCCAUAAGGCGAUAUUUUUUGGUUGUCAUCGCUAUCACCUUGGUGCCAUUAGCGUUGGUCUAUGUGGUACGAUACGACAGUAUUUAUCGCAUCAAAGGAUAUGAGGCGUCAAAGUUCAACGAUCAUUUCAGUGAUCAAAGUUUUCGCUAUCCGGUAAUGUUGUUGGGCAAAAAUAAGGAUCUAACUGUAGCGGCAACAGGAAGUUCUCGCAAAAAAUUUUACAAAUAUGCUAAAUAUGUUAAUGAGUCACACGUGCCAGUUUUGCCAGAAGAGUCGGUGCACACGCUAUCACCGAACGAUGUGGAGCGUAUCGAGAAGCGCAUGGAACGGCGGCGGAAAUUGCUUCAAGAGAAAUGCAGCGAAUUCGGUCUAGAUGUUGUUGGUAAUGACACAUGGCACAAGCCCAACGCUUGGGAGUUUUUAGUCAAUAAAAAAUAUCAUAUUAUAUGGUGCAACGUGUUCAAAGCUGCCUCCUCAUCAUGGAUGUUCAAUUUUAACGUAUUAGCCGGUUAUUCACCGGAAUUUCUACAACGAACCAAAGAAGUGUUCCUUAAUUUGGCAAGGGAACGUUAUCCACGUGUUAGCAUUGAACAGCUGCGAGAAGCACAAAAUGAUUCGAUUACUUUCAUGAUAGCACGUCAUCCAUUCGAGAGGCUAUUGAGUGCAUAUCGUGAUAAGCUGGUAUUUGCCAUACCACACUCCUAUCACGACAAGCUGGGGCGGCGUAUUGUACGCAAAUAUCGCAGCAAAAAUUUGGAUAUGAAUUCACCAAAAUAUCCAACAUUCCCCGAAUUCGUACGCUGGCUGUUGGAUCAGAUUAAGCAUGGCAAUGUCCAAAUGGAUAUGCAUUUCGUUUCGUCGACAAUGUUCUGCACGCCAUGCGUGAUUAAUUUCGAUGUGAUUAUGAAAUUCGAUACACUCGACGAAGAUCAAAUGUAUCUCAUUAACAAGACUGGCUUGACGCGUGUUAUAGCGCCCGAGUGGCGUAAUGCGGGUAAAGGCAAGAAUACGCAGGAGCUGCUGCAAUCGUUCUACUCGAAAUUGUCGCCAAAAGAAUUGCAUGGACUGUAUCAAUAUUAUAAAUAUGACUUUGAGUUAUUCAACUAUAGUGCGACAUCGUAUUUCAAUUUGGUGCAAGAGAACGGCACCUGAAAAGAACUGAAAACCACACCGAGGAUAAAAGCAGCAACAACAGAAUCGGCAGUAGGAGCAAUAGUUGUAGAGUAACAGCAAAAUUAGGCGCUUGACACUGUAGUCGCACUCUCCACAGCAACAACGAAGCACACACAUCUAUGCACACAAAUCUACGUACACGCAUACAUAUACACCGACGGAUCACAUACAUAUGAAUUGAAACAUAAGAAACUUACAUAACUAUAUACACACAUAUAUACAUAGAUAUACAUAUGUAUACAUAAAUAAACGCUACAAGAAAACCAAAAUGGAAAUUCUAAGUAGAUAAAACUUAAACGAAAAUAACGUUAAAGAAAGUAUGUUUAAAAUCAAAAAAAAAAAAAAAAAUAAUAAUAAUAAUAAUUAGCAGCGAAUGAAAGAGUACUGAAUUGAAAGUGAUAAAGUGAUAAACUUUGGUGAUUCCGCAAAUAAUUAAUUUUUAUUGCUGAAUUUAUGGUGCUGCCUUGGCCAGAGAGAAAAAUAUAAUUUUUAUCUAAAAUUGUAGAAAUAGCGCUUGCCGCUUUAAUAAAUUUCCUGAAUAUUCACAAUAGCAAAACCUUUACAGCACCUGCCUUUAUAGACUUUUGAAAAGCUUUUAACUAGAGUUGUGAAGAGAAUAUCAAUUUUUAAUGCUGAUUUACUGACAGACGCAGCAGUUUUCGUAUUAGCAGCUAAAGAAGUUAUCUCAAUAAGUAAUGCUCUAAAGUUUUUGAAGCAUUAAAGAUUUUAAGGCACUAAAUUUUUGGUGACAUUAAACUUUGUAAUGCAUUAAAAAUCUCACCGCAUCAGUUUUGUAAAAUUUUGGCAUUAAAGCUUAAAGUGCAUUGAAUA